CAAAAAAACCCUAAUUCUGAAUUUCUGAUUCGGGAACCAGUUCUACCUUAACUCACACAAAUUCUGAAAUCCAGUUCCUCUUCUCCUUCGCCUAUUCUCCUUCGACCGGGUAGUCUCCGCCGCAGCCGGCACCGGAGCAAGCAACUGGCACCGGCACCCUAUUGUCUCAUUCAAGAUUCAACGUUGAACGGGCCUCACCUCUGUUUCUCUUCUUCUGCCUUUGGUCUUCUCCGCCGUCGUCUUCACCGUCGCCGAUCGCCGUCACAGGUGUGGGCUUCCGGUUCUUUUGCCUUCCAUUCGCCUCUGCUCGUGCUUCUUGCCUAUGGGUCACAGCCUCACACGGGAUUGCUCAGCAGGGUUGGGAUCCUCUUCGGGUGCCGCUGAGAGCAAGAUGACUGAAAACAGUAAUAUUGAAGCAGCAGGGAUGUCCGCUAGCACUCAACCAUCUUCUCCACUGUCAGGUGUUUGUAAGGAUCGGUUAGCUGUCUGGGAUCAUUUUGAUGUAGAGAAUGCUACCGAGAAGAAGGCUAAAUGCAAAUAUUGUGGUAGCUUAAUACAAUAUUGGAAUGGAACCAGCUCAAUGGGUGAUCAUUUGAGAAGAUGCAAGCAAAAUCGUAAUAAUGAUUCGAACAAAAGAAAAACAACGACCACACUGACUAUAGAUGAGCGUGGUGCUUUAAAUUCACCCAGUGCUUCCAAAUUUGACCAAGAGGAGGCUCAAAGGGCACUUGUGGAAAUGUUUAUUGGGGAAGAGCUACCAUUUCGCUUCGUUGAAAGCCCGAAAUUCCGAAGAUUUGUGCAUGCCCUACAAGCAACAUUCAAAGUUCCUUCACAGACUACAUUAGCACGUGACAUUGGAGCUCUUAAUGCUGAAGAGAAGAUGAAGUUGCAAGAUUUUCUCUCGGCAAAUUGUGUUAGAGAACAAAAGUCAUCCGGUAAAGAUGUACACGGGACUGCUUCUAAAAGUAAUGCAUCUGCAAAAGGUUCGGCCCCACCACCGCCAUCAUCAUCAUCGUCAAAAGCUGGGACUUCCACUGCAGCUUCUGGACCUGUGAGUGAAGAAGAAAUCAGAGCUGUGUUUAAGCAAAAGACUCGAGUGACCACACAGGAUCUUGUAGCUAAAUUUAAGGCAAGACUAAGAUGUAAAGAGGAUAAGGAUGCAUUUGCAGAGAUCCUGAAAAGAAUAUCUAAAAUACAGAGAAAUCCAACUUCAAAUAGACCCAGUUAUGUUAUCCUGAGAGAUAAGUGAAAAUCAACUGCCCCACCUAUUGAAUGUGGUUGAUGAUGUAGCAUUCAAACGGAAAAAAUGGAUCCAGUUCUGUUGUCCUGAGAGAUGGCUGUAAAUGUUUUAUCCCAAUAAUUGGCUGCGACUGAUGAUGCAGCUUCAUAUAGAAAACAAAAGAACAGUUGAUACUUAAUAUGCCUUGCAUAUUCUUCACAUUUUGGACAUCAUUAUGACUGGUUUUCUAUCAAUUAUGUUUUUUCUAAUCUA